AUGAAGUACCUCGCUGCUGUUGCCACCGUCUUUGCCUUCCUCGGCGUCAUUGCGGCCAACCCCGCCGAUCUCCAGGCCAGGCAGCGCGACACCUGCACCAAAAUGACCCAACGCGACGCCGCCAGGAAACUGGUCGCCAACGGCGUCUACGCCUCCUCCACCGGGAACUGCACCACCAAGUCGAUCUCAACCUGCACGUCCUACGACGGCAUCUGCGAGCACACCGUCGACGGAGUGAUCGCGUUCAAGAACAGUGUCGGUCGUGAUUUGGUUAUCACCGGUGCCACUGAGACCGGCCACUCCCCCAAUGGCGUGUACAACCACGGAAACGGCUACAAGGUUGACCUCCGUCCCAUCCCCGAGAUUGAGGCCUACGUCAAGAAGUGGUUCACCGCGGGAGCGGACCGUGGCACUGAUAAGCGCUGGUACUCGCCUAGUGGCAACGAGUUUGUCUAUGAGAAACGCGACCGCGGUGCCCACUGGGAUAUCACCUUCUUCCCUUGA